CGCCGAACUGAAAGACUCAUCCUACCAACUCAUGUUUGUGGGAGCACCAGCAGGAAAAGAGGAUGACGUGGCAGUAAAGUUACUCGAGUAUGGUAUCCCCCCAAGUCAGCUAACUGUUCGCCGCUUUAAGGAAAGUAGGGAAGAGCUAGCCAAAUUGUUCUGUGAGGUAGAUCUGGCAAUCAUGCCAUCAAGGACUGAAGGCUUUGGCUUGACUGCUCUAGAAGCUCUAUCUGCUGGUCUUCCUGUUCUUGUGAGUGAUAACUCAGGACUUGGAGAUGCUUUGAAGAAAGUUCCCUCAGGUUUCUCUCAUUUAGUGGAUUCAGAAGAUCCCAAAGAAUGGGCCAAGGCUAUCAAAAUUGUCCGUCAAAAAGACAGAGAGGUGCGACUUGAAGAUGCCAACCUUCUUCGUGAAAAGUAUGCUGCGAAGUACAGCUGGCAGAAACAGUGUGGUGAUCUUGUGGAAAAGAUGCUGCAUCUUACUUUUGGUUCUGGCCAGCCUUCAGCAGUGGAUAGCAGUCUAUCACUCUCCCAUGGAGCUUGUGCAGCACCUGAAGAACCCGUCGGUGCAACAUUUCAUCUUGAAGAAGAAGAAGAAGGAGGGAUCAAGCAGGACUUCUGUCAGGGUCGAUCUGUAGGUACUGGGCAUUCAUUGACAGUGGAUUGUAAUCCAGUACUUUCCCUUGUACCUUCUCGAAGUUUUAAAAAACGCACUCAUCUAGAAGAAAGCAGGGCACAUCCUUCAAAAAGGGGCAAAAGGCUGCUAGCCAAUGUUUCUCAACCUAGGGACCAUGGCAAAGGUUUUUCCAGCACUGGCCAGCCUUCAGCAGUGGAUAGCAGUCUAUCACUCUCCCAUGGAGUUUGUGCAGCACCUGAAGAACCCGUUGGUGCAACAUUUCAUCUUGAAGAAGAAGAAGGAGGGAUAAACCAGGACUUCUGUCAAGGUCGAUCUGUAGGUACUUGGCAUCCAUCGACAGUGGAGUGUAAUCCAGUACUUUCCGGUGUACCUUCUCGAAGUUUUGAAAAACCGACUCAUCUAGAAGUUCUUCACGAAGGUUCUGUAGAAAGCAGAGAACAUCCUCCAAAACAGGGUAAAAGGUGGCUACCCAGUGCUGUUUCUCAACCUAAGGAGCAUGGCAAAGGUAAAUUUAAUUCUCGUUUUUUCCGUAAAAUUCUGGAAGAUGAAUACAUCAGACGUUCUAAUUUGAAACCACUUCUUUGGGAGAACACCAUCCAAUUGCCUAUUGAUGAAGUCUACACCAGGUUGGAAGUCAAAUGGAGAAGAACAAAUACUUUUCAACUCACGGAUAAAGAGAUUCACAUGUAUGAAAGUUUUAACCUUAACACGCAACAGGAGAAAUCGGGCGGGUAUCAAAGACUCUACUCCAAGUCUGGGAAGAGAAGUCAAGAAAAGGCCAGGAUGGUGCUUGUAGAGGGAAGCCCUGGCAUCGGCAAGACAACUUUCUGCUUAAAAAUAGCAAAUGAUUGGGCAAGAAAAGCAAUACCCAAGAAGCAUGAUUUUCCUGUGUUCGAGCUGUUGUUACUUCUGAAAUGCCGUGAUAUGGAUGGAGAUACAAUGCAAGCCAUCGACGACCAAUUGCUACCGGAGGACAUAACAGAAAAGAGGAAAAAACAGCUACUGGAUUAUAUCAAGGAUGAGAAGAAGCAGGAAGAGAUUCUUAUAAUCUUGGAUGGCCUUGAUGAGUUGCCACAAGUAGCAGAGCAAUUUGUUGAUAAGCUGUUGAGAAGAAAAGUUUUGUCACGUUGUUCUGUUUUAGCCACCUCGCGUCAAGAGAAGGGAAUUGAAUUUCGACAACAGAAGGGAAUUGAAUUUCGACAACGUCACGUCUUUGACACCCUUUUGCAGAUUAAUGGGUUUACCACUGAAGAUGCUUCUGAGUACAUCAGAAAACAUUUCGAAAAUGUUGAUCCGGUAGAUUUGGAGAAAGGAGAACACCUGAUUAAAGCUAUUCAAGAAAACAUUUCUCUGCAUGCACUGCGGGACAAUCCACUGAAUUUACUUCUUCUCUGCAUCGUUUUUGAAGACCAUGAAGGGAAACUGCCAUCUAACCGGACCAAGCUUUAUCAUAUCAUUUAUCAAUGCCUGCUGAGGAGAUUUUGCUCAAAACAUGACAUGGAAGUUGACAAAGAAGACGACAUGGCUUUGGAGAAACGAUUUGAAGAUAGCACGUUGAUAUUGGGAGAGUUGGCUUGGAGAUGUCUCCUAAAAGAACGUCCUUCUUUCUUACAAGAGGAACUGGACAAGCUAGAAAAAGUGAGAACCAAUGGCAGAGGUGUUUCAGCUGCCAGAGUGGGCCUUGUUUUCAUGGAAGCCAGUGUCAAGAAGCUCAAUCCAAAACACGAGUAUCAUUUUCUUCACAAGACGUUUCAAGAGUUUUUAGCUGCUGCAUACCUAAUACACUUGAUGAAAGAAAACAUCAACGUUUUUGACAACUUUCAAUUACACAAGGGUGAUAUCACUGGUAAAUACCGACAAGUAUUUUUGUUUGCUGCUGGUAUUCUGGGCAAGGAUGGAGCCAUGUUUUUCAAUCAGAUUGGAGAGAUUCUCUGCGGGAAGUGGUUUGGCCGUUGUCUUGAAGGAGAUGGCCAUUUCAUAUUUGAACUUCUGAAUGAGAGUGGAGCUGCCAAUGAUUUGGCGAUGGCUGUUUGUCGCUCUAUUAGUAUACCUCAGAGUUUACAAUUGAGCUUCAAAGAUCAGCUCAUUUUAAGACUAGUGCGAUAUGCAUGCAAAACCUCCUCACAUGCCAGUAAUAUAGAACCAUGGUGGCUUCAUAAACUAAGCCUAACUGAAGCGCAUGCUCUCGACGAGGACAGUGCAAAGGAUUUGCAUUGCAUUCUAGAGAACAGUAAAACUUUAAAAGAUCUUGUUAUUUCUACUGACAUGACAUGUUUAUUGGCAAGCACUCUGUUGAAAGGUUUGUCAUCUANAGAGGAACUGGACAAGCUAGAAAAAGUGAGAACCAAUGGCAGAGGUGUUUCAGCUGCCAGAGUGGGCCUUGUUUUCAUGGAAGCCAGUGUUAAGAAGCUCAAUCCAAAACACGAGUAUCACUUUCUUCACAGGACGUUUCAAGAGUUUUUAGCUGCUGCAUACCUAAUACACUUGAUGACAGAAAACAUCAACGUUUUUGACAACUUUCAAUUACACAAGAGUGAUAUCACUGGUAAAUACCGACAAGUCUUUUUGUUUGCUGCUGGUAUUCUGGGCAAGGAUGGAGCCAUGUUUUUCAACCAGAUUGCAGAGAUUCUCUGCGGGAAGUGGUAUUGCCAUUGUCUUGAAGGAGAUGGCCUUUUCAUAUUUGAACUUCUGAAGGAGAGUGAAGCUGCCAAUGAUUUGGCGAUGGUUGUUUGCCGUUCUAUUAGUUUACCUCAGAGUUUAGAAUUGAGCCUCAAAGAUCAGCACACUUCAAGACUAGUGCGAUAUGCAUGCAAAGCCUCCUCACAUGUCAGUAAUAUAGAACCAUGGUGGCUUCAUAAACUGAGCCUACCUGAAGCGCAUGCUCUCGACGAGGACAGUGCAAAGGAUUUGCAUGGCAUUCUAGAAGACAGUAAAACUUUGAAAGAUCUUGUUAUUUCUACUGACAUGGUUUAUUGGAAAGGUUUAUUGGAAAGCUCUCUGUUGAAAGGUUUGUCAUCUAAUUCGUCCCUGUCUUCGUUGACUCUCAAAACAUUUAGGAGCAUUCCCGCAGAUGUGGCUGACAGGUUGGGAACAGGAUUGUCAUCAUGUAAUUCACUAACAACUGUAAAGUUGAAACUAUUUAGUAACAGUACUGCUUGGGCCGGUGAUGUCAGCGGCACUGGAUUGUUGAAAAGCACACAGUUGGAGUCAGUCGACCUGAAGUAUUACGAUGUUCCAGAUAGCACAGCUGUUCACGCCUUUAAACUGUUGUUAUCCAAGAGAUCGCUCAUCUCUUUCACAUUGACCCUUUUUGGCGAUAUGGAGGACUGCUUGGCUUCUGCUUUAAGUGAGGGACUUUCAGAAGAAACCACUUUGAAGUCUUUCACUGUCGUCAUCCAUGGAAGUGUAAGCAAUCAUGGGGCCACUUUGCUUGCAAACGGUUUUCUACUAAACAGAACUUUGCACUCUCUAGCGUUAAAAGUUCUUGGCGAUUUGCCAGAACAUUGGACAAGAGUGGUUGAUAAGAUUCACGAACUGACAGCAACCAAGUCUUGGAAAUCUCUUACACUCCAUCCAAACACGAAAGGCAAAUUUGUAGAUGCUUCAUUUUCCCUUCUUGAUCCGAUCUCAAGAGUUGGCCUCUUAGAAAAGACCUUGACCUUAAAUUUGUGGGGCGAGUUGAGUGUCCAUAACGUAGACAUCCUUGGCGGUCGCUUGCUACAAACUUCGCCAUUAUCCAGGCUUACAUUGAAUGUCAAUGGUAAAGUGAGCAAUAACGUUGCUGAUCGUCUGACAAACUUUUUUGUUACUAGCAAUGUACACCUUUCACUGACCAUUAACCUGAGUGGUGAAAUUACGAGUUGUGGACAAACUGCCCUGCAAAGGUUGCACAGAGAAGGUCAACUGCAGUCUUUCAUUCUAAACGUGGAUGGUUUGGCGACAGAAGACUGGGAAUGUUUAAGUGCUCAGAAUAAUUGUACAACUUCAUCUGCACUUUCGAUUGACAUCAGUAACUUAACACCGCAUGAAGUGAGGGAAAUCUUUUUAGGAAGCAAGUCACUUACUCAGUUAAGUUUUCCCGUAGACAGCCACCUUCAUUUAGUCCACAACUACGCUGGCACAGAAUUAAAAGGCAGCUGGGGGUACGGUCUGGAUGAAGGUUUGUCGCAAAAUAAGUCAUUGACUAAAUUCAGUCUUGAAGUAAACGAUCACGCUGACACAUCAGGCAUUUGGGGAAACGGUCUGGGUCAAGGUUUGUCGAAUAACAAGUUAUUGACUACAUUCAGUCUUACAGUCCACAACUACGCUCACGCAGAAACCAGCUGGGGAAACGGUCUGGGUCAAGGUUUGUCGAAUAGCAAGUCAUUAACUACAUUCAGUCUUACAGUCCACGACUACGCUGGCACAUCUGGCGGCUGGGGAUGCGGUCUGGGUGAAGGUUUGUCAAAUAACAAGUCAUUGACUACAUUCAGUCUUACAGUCCACAACUACGCUGACACAGUAGGCAGCUGGGGGUACGCUCUGGGUGAAGGUUUGUCGAAUAACGAGUCAUUGACUACAUUCAGUCUUACAGUCCACGAAUACGCUGGCACAUCUGGCGGCUGGGGAUACGGUCUUGAUCACGGUUUGUUAAAUAACAAGUCAUUAACUACAUUCAGUCUUACAGUCCACAACCACCCUGGCACAUUAGGCAGCUGGGGAUACUGUCUGGAUCAAGGUUUGUCGAAUAACAAGUCAUUGACUACAUUCAGUCUUACAGUCAACAACUACGCUGACACAAGAAUAAGGUGUGGAUAUUUUCUGUUUCAAGGUUUGUCGAAUAACAAGUCGUUGACUACAUUCAGUCUUACAGUCCAUGACUACGCUGACACAGAAGGCAGCUGGGGGUACGGUCUUGGUCAAGGUUUGUCGAAUAACAAGUCAUUGACUACAUUCAGUCUUGCAGUCCCCAACUUUGCUGACACAGAGGGCAGCUUGGAAAACGGUCUGAGUGAAGGUUUGUCGAAUAACAAGUCAUUAACUACAUUCAGUCUUACAGUCCACGACUACGCCGUCACAUCUGUAGGCUGGGGAUACGGUCUUGGUCAAGGUUUGUCGAAUAACAAGUCAUUGACUACAUUCAGUCUUACAGUCCACAACUAUGCUGACCCAGAAGGCAGCUGGGGAAACGGUCUGAGUGAAGGUUUGUCGAGUAACAAGUCAUUAACUACAUUCAGUCUUACAGUCCACAACUACGCUGACACAACAGGCAGCUGGGGAAAGGCUCUGGGUGAAGGUUUGUCGAAUAACAAGUCAUUGACUACAUUCAGUCUUACAGUCCACAACUUCGCUGACAGCAAAUGCAGCUGGGGAUACAAUCUAUCUGACAGUUUUGCAAAACGUUGUUCAUUGACAACCCUCAGACUUGCAAUUGAUGACCACGUUGGUAUAACUAGAGAUCGUUACUACCUCUGGUGUAAAUCUUUGGAAGAAAUUGAGUCAUUAACUUCACUUAGUAUUUCAGUAAGCUUCUAUGGAGAAGACAGUGUUAAACUAAACUAAAGCAUAAGAACAAAUUCAAAUUCUCAUUGUACUUUCAUGGGCUGCAUGGAAAGCGAGCUACCCUGGAAAUUUCUGAAUGGAAUUUUGUAAAGAUCUGUCUUCUGGUUAAAUUGUACAUGCCUAAACAGGUGGCUCAAUCGAGUAGGUGGUGUUUUACUCUGCUCUCACUUUGUAUUAAAAGCCAAUCAAAAUCCAACCCAUAAUGGAACCCUAGAGAGUAUCUUAUUUUGUCAAGCUUGUGCAGUAAGAAACAAGGACUCGAGAACCGAGAUUCAUAGUUUGGCACAUGUGGAAGCUAUAUCUAUGGUGUGACCUAAAGUGUCUCACUGAACCACAUACAUCGCAGCAUUCUUGGACUACUAUUUGUACAAGCAGAACGACUGAGGCCCAUAUUCCAAGGAAGAUUUUGGUGGAUUUAAAGAAAAAUUUCGAAUUCAGUGCUGAAUGUCUUAUUAUGCACGUACACUUAAUUCAUUUCCAGUUAAGAAAAAUAAAUGAAUACAAUUAAGACUAAUGCGCGGGUAGCAAUAGGCUAACAUAGGCGAAUCAGUUAUGAACAGGAUAAUUAGUUAAUAACAAAAUAAUAACUAAACAAAAAGAGACAAAGAAAAUAUGUGCAUUACUAUUAUUUGGCACGAAGGCUUUAUUUGGCACACACGCAUGAGUUAUAUACUCACAGCCGAUUGUUUGAUAAAUGAUGGAAUUAAUUUUUGUGAUGCUUGGGAGUCGGAACAUACAAACAAAUUGUAAUAGGAAAUAUAGCCUCUACCGCAAAUUGUAUGGCUUGCACAUGUGCCGAACCAUGAACUCUUACUUUGGGGCUGGUUUUCUACAGCACAUAAUCAAACACAGAUGCAGCAAUGUGGUUGUUAGACGCAAAGGAUGUAGCCAUGUGAAAGAACUUCUGGCUUUUUUCAGCAUACAGUGAAAACCCACUUAUAAGAGCCGAAAAUUUAUGAACCUGUAAGGCUAAAAUUUCUCAGUUAAGCGCCCUUCACAUAGGAACCAUUUUCGGCUAAAAUUUCAAUGCAGGUCGUUAUUUUCAAAUUAUAGAGUUUUUUCAAAUAUAAUACAGGCAUCAGGGUGAGAUUAUUUUCUUUUACUGUGGCUUCUGCCUGUCAAGAAAAAUGUGUGAAUUAUUCACUAUAAAGGCCAUACCCAUGAGAACAAGUUGUUUUAUAAAAAAAAAAAAAAAAAAAAAAAACGAAAAUUAAGAACCUAGGUGGCCUGACAUCCAACUUGAAAAAACCUAUUGUAGGUUCUUAUAUGUGGGUUUUUACUGUAUUAUGUUGUAUGUUAAACUUGAUGCUUUUUGGUGUGAUAUUUGUUUUAAACCUGUAGAAUACUGUUUGAAAAGAACUGUUUGUUGUGCGACUUGAAGUACAGGGUAUUUGUAAAUACACAUACGUGAAGCUUUGUACUAAGUGCUUUGAUGUCAAGCAUGUCAAAGCAAUAUAAAUUUGCCAACUUGUAACCUAAGGAAUUGCAAUUUUUUUGCAGCUUUUCUUUUGAGAAGAAAGGGAAAUUCUCAUUUCCUAUUUUUGUAGAGUUCUUAAUCAAACUCCUUUGAACUUUGAACAUUUACAUUAAGGAUUACUGUAUCCUUAAUCAGGGGAACUGAAGAACAUUUAUUGCCAAUAAUUACUAAUAACAAAUAUAUAUUAGAGUUGAGAGGAUUACACUAAUCCUCUAAAACCUUGUUUUGUAUCAGAACAAAAAAACAUGAACAUUUACAGCUGGACAGUUACUACUAAGUAAUAAAGAUGCACUCGGCAUACUCAAAGGUUAUAUCCCACUAAGAAAGUGGAGUAACAAAAUUGUAUGUAGUAGAACGAGAUGCAUGAUCUCAAUAAAUGAUUUGUAUUUUUCA